CACUCCUGCUUGCGAGGAGCUCCUGCGAGGUUGCUGCUCCUCUCCAGCUGUCACCCUGGGGGCCCUGACCCGCACCAAGACCAUGGGAAUCAUCUGGGGACACCUGAUGGCAGGGAUAUUCUUCCUCUUGUUCUCACUCUACUACUCGGUGCUGGUGUCCUUGGCCCUGCUACGGAGACAGAGGCUCCUCAAACCCCCUCUGCCCCCAAGGGAGAAGCGAGGGCACAGGUGGUGGCAGCUGGUCCCUGUGGAAGGAGUGGCGAAGGUGGUUUUCUCCCUGAGUCUCAUCUUCCCCGAGCUCUUCUACCCGCCAGGAACCAACCGGCUGAUGAUGGUGGACUGGGAGGACCCUCAGCGACCCUUCGUGUUCAAGGACGAGUGGCAGCACGUCACCAUGUACGGGUUCUUCCUGCUCAGCGGCGUGGUGGACGUCGUGAGCCAGGCGUGUCAGGCACGGCAGAACCUGAAGCUGGAGCGAGCAGCCGAGGCUCUGGCCUUCUGCGUGCUGGUGCUGCUGAUGGUGGCCCACAUCGAGAACAAGGGCACCCUGGAGAUCCGAGGGCACGUGCUGCUCGUGGUCCCCGCCUUCCUGGUCGGCCUGGUGCUCAUCUUCGAGGUCUGGGUCCCUGACCAGCCCCUGCUCUGGGUGCUCAAGACCUGGAUGGGGCUGGUCCUCGGCAGCUGGCUGACUCAGCUGAGCAUCGUGAUGUACGCGCCUCCCUCCGGGCAGCCCUGGAGAGGGGAGAACCCCAUGGACCUUGCCUUCCUCACCAUCUUCUUCUGCUGGCACCUGGCCUUAGGGGCUGCCUUGCUGGCCACCGUCUACGGUGUCUGCAGCCUCUGGCACCGUCGCUUCUCCUUUUGGAGAAAGGCCCCAGGUGCCAAGUAUCAGCCGUGCCCCACAGGCGAGGGCAGUGAAGAGCUUGAGAAGCUCAGGGCAGGGGCCCGACGACAAGAUGGGGGUGUCUAGGCAGAGGAUCUGUCCAUGCUGCACCCUUUGUGAUGGGAGUUUUGAGGAUGCCCCCUGUGUGCAUAGGGCAGAAAUGUCCUGGGAUCUGCAAUGUGGCUUUCCAUCACAGGGGUCCCCUUCCUUGUUCUUAAAUGAACCUUCCAGCUCUUAGGAUUACUGCUAUCACUCUGUUCUCUCCAGGCCUGUCUCUUUCCUGUCUCACUAUUCAGUAUGGUUCCUAACCAUGGACUUACACAAAGUGAGAGUAGGAGUAGUGCUUUUCUUUGACAGCUUUUGGGAUCCAAGGGGAAGAAGUGAAAUGAGGAAACAGAAGGAGAUGCAGGGUCUCUGGGGACUCAGCAGGGCUCUGCGUGUCUGUCGAGGCAGGGCUGCCUUAGCAUGUGCAUGUGUGUGCCUGCGGCUGAAGUGGUGAAAUGUGUGGAAGGGAAGGGGCUCUGUUUUCACAUCGUGGGGAGGGCUUCUGUUUUCUUCAUUUCUCUCUGGUUUUCAUUCACGCUAAGUGUAGCAGGAAGAAGAGCUGGUUUUGUUGCUGUUGUUUUCUAACUGAAACUGGAGGGGGCUACUUCUGCCUGAGGGAGUAAGGGAUGGGUGGGGGGUGGCAGUUGGUUAAGCAGGGCUCACGUCUGAGGACAAAGCAGGCAAGCGAGGAAUUCCCAAAGGAGGGUGUAAGGAACAAGGAUUAUAUCGGUACAAUUUUAACUUGUUUGGGUUCUGCUGCAACAGAAAACAACUCUAUUGCGCAUGUAGAGCCUCAGUAAAAUCUUAUGA